CGCCACUUUCAGUGAAGAUGAUCAGGCCUGUUCCUUGACCAUGAUCUUGAAAAUGCAAUAAUACUCGUACACUACAGCCAGUCAAUCUGAGCUGACGACAACUUAAUUGAUUGAAAGUAAGAGGUUCGGUUUUCAAGUUUUUUGAAAAAAUAUUCAAUCUCUGAAAUCCAGCAAUGGCAAGUGUAAUGUAGAUAUAGUUUGAUACUUUUAAAUUGAUUUUUGUUAGAAAUUACGAUAGGCAGUUUGUGGGCCAUAUGGUGUAGUGAAAAAUAAUUAUUUAAAAUAAAUUGUUCUGAAAUUAUAUUUUAAAUUUUCGAACUUCGGACAUACCAAAACUAUUACAUUCGUCGACAACCGCAACCACCACGGGAAUAAAUAGUUGCCUUUUUGAGAAUUGAGUGAUAAGGUAGAUUUGUUUGGCAUUCUGUUUCUGCUGAUCUGAAACAAAACAACGGUGAAAAGAACUACUUCAGGUAAAAGAUGAAGUAAGAAGGGAGGAUAGAAUUUUGUUUACGCGCGAGAUCACAAACCGGGAAUUUUAUUGGUAAGCCGAGCACUUUUGGUAAAUGAACUCCAAAUUCCUGAUUGAGAACCCCACGCGUGUGCGAGGAUUUGCAACGGUUUAUCAGCCACAAUUUGUGAUGUUUUGUAUAUCCUUUUACCAGCCCGUUGGGCAUCGACCCGCUUGGUUUUCGAGUGGUGCAAUUUUUUUGUUUCCUUUCAAGCAGUCGUUCAAGGUUACGCGUGAAGGAACGGAGGCUCGUUUGGCACUGAAAUGAGAGGGCCAUUUUCGGAUAGCAGCUAGAAGAGAACCAACAUGUUCCCUCGUCUUGAUUUUAGAGAUGUUCAAGAGAAGCUCUCCGCGCAGUUCAGACCCUGGGAACGUUCUUUUCAGUUCUGGGUCCGUGUUGCUGACAUCUACACUGGUUAUAAGGUUUUUCAGCUUCGGGUGAAGUUCGAGAAGGAUGUGGAGAAGCAGGAGGCAAUGUGGGAGAAUCAGCAUGAACAUGCAGCUGAGAAGAUAUAUGCUAUGUGCUCCGAAAUGGGUGGUUUCUUCCUUAAGGUUUCUCAACUUAUUGGGAAGCCGGAUUUGGCCCCAGCUGCAUGGGUGAAGAGGCUUGUUACACUGUGUGAUCGAGCACCAGCAACCCCUUUUGAUGUUGUUCAGCACGUUGUGGAGAAAGAACUGCACAGAAGUCUUGGUGAAGUCUUUGAAACAUUUGACCCCAACCCUCUUGGUUCAGCUUCCAUUGCUCAGGUUCAUAGAGCUAGGCUAAAGGGUGACAAGAAUGAUGUUGUGGUAAAAGUGCAACAUCCAGGAACCGAGAAUCUAAUGAUGACGGAUAUCCGUAAUUUGAAAGCAUUUGCCUUGUACAUUCAAAAGACAGAUAUCAAAUUUGAUAUAUAUUCCGUAACUAAGGAAAUGGAGAAACAGAUCGGUUAUGAAUUUGACUUUGUGAGGGAGGCCAAUGCCAUGGAAAAGAUCCGACUUUUUCUAUGUAGCAACAACAAAAAGAGUCCCGUACUGGUGCCACGCGUGAUGCGGAAUAUUGUUACCAGGAGGGUUCUGGUGAUGGAAUAUAUUGAUGGAAUCCCAAUCCUCAAUCUUGGCGAUGAAAUAGCAAAGAGAGGCAUAGAUGCUAGUGCCUGGCAUAUGGGCAAAUGAUUCUGAAGAGUGGUUUCUUCCAUGCAGAUCCUCAUCCAGGAAAUAUAUUGAUCUGUAAAGGCUCAGAGGUAGCAUUGCUUGAUUACGGGCAAGUGAAGGAUCUUCCUGACGAGUUGAGGCUUGGUUAUGCUAAACUUGUUCUUGCUAUUGCAGAUGAUGACAGCACAGGAGUUGCAGAAAGCUUCAGGGAGCUUGGUAUAGAUACUGUAAGCAAUUGUGAAAAUGUCCAAGAAGAACUAUUUAAGGUGGCACAGGGAAUGUUCGAUACAAGGUUACCACCGGGAAAGGUGUCGAUGCAACCAUUCCAGGAGGACUCCUCGAUAAAGAAAGUUGGUGUUCAGUCAUUUCCAGAGGAACUCUUUUCAAUACUUCGAACAAUCCAAAUCCUUAGAGGGCUGAGUGUUGGUCUUGGAAUCAACUACUCAUGCUCGGAACAAUGGCGACCCAUUGCAGAAGAAGCUUUGAUGGUUUCUGGUAGGCUAGAAGGCAGAAAGGUCGAUACUACAAUCCGUAAACGCAGAUUGUUUUCGAGAUCUAGCUGAUUCGUUCGUGACAAGACAGGCAAAAAAUAUGAGUCAAUCUGGGUGCAUCUGAUCAGAGUUCCUCACUUGUUUAUGGAAAUAAAUAUUAAAAAUUUGAGGUACUACAUGAGAGAGGUCAGAACUGUCGUUUAUUCCCUGUUCUUGGAGUCCUAUAAGAGUGUUACAAUUGAAGCAAUGGCGAAGGCAUUUGGAGUAUCAGUGGAAAUUUAUUGAUCUGGGCUUAUCUCGUUUUGCAGCACGAAAACUCGAUUGCAAGAUCGAUAAAGUUGCAGGUGUUCUUGAAACUAAUCAUCCCGACUCAAAGAAUGCUCUGUACCAAGCUACCAUCAAGAAAGGAGACUUCUUACUGAACAUGUCUCGUGUAAUUGAUCUGUAACUAGGCUUCUAGUUUAUUCGAAAUUUGUGUAGUUGAUGCAGGUUUUCAGCGAUUCGACAUUAUGACAUUCGAGCCAAAAGCGGCAUUGCACGGAUGAAAUUUGAGCAUUAGAGCUUUGUGAAAAUGGCGCUGUAAUUUCUGGUUUAAACAUAGCACCAAGACCUCGGCUAACUGUUAUCAUCACUCAUCACUAUCUCUUGAUUUUGAUUUAUCAACCAAAUAUCUCUCUUUCA